UUUACUGAAAUAAGUGGCUUAGACAUUUUCAGUGAUGUCGCUGUUCCCAGACCUCCCUCUCUGUGGUGGACUCGCUCUGUGAGGCAGUGCAGCAGUCAGACGGCUCUGAUGGCAGAGCGGGGCAGGUGCACUGAGCAAGAACAGCUACCAACAUCACCUGUGGGGGGAAUCUAGUACGAACGACAACAGAAAAAGGAAGAGGAGGAGCAGAGUCUUUGGAGAGCAGAGGUCUUGCCGUGUCUACAAACCCACCCAACCCUACUCUCUCUCAUAUGCACACACAGACACACUCUCCCCCUGCCUCUCCCUUCUUCCCUCCCUGUUUGUCUCCUCCACUGUCUGAUGCUGGUGUGGUGAACAGCAGGACACUCAGCUGAGCUGCAUGGAGGCACAGGGAGGGGCAGGGAGCCCAGAUCCCAACAAAGACAUCCAGAAGCUGCUGAAGCCCUCCAGCUCCGGUGACAUAUCCAAGGAGUUGUUCCACCACCCAGGGGAGGAGGAGGAGGGCAGCCUGUUGGGGCACACUGCAAGCCUCCUGCACAUCGCUGAGAAAAGACAACCACUGAGUAGUGUGUCUUCUUUGGAGGUGCACUUUGACCUCCUGGAUCUGACUGAGCUGACGGACAUGUCCGACCAGGAGCUGGCUGAAGUUUUUGCUGACUCUGACGAGGAGACCCACAACGAGUCCCCAGCAGGUUCCCACCAGCCUGUACUGCCCAGAGGAGGGUACAUGCGCUCUCCCUCGUGGACACGCUGCAGCAGAGUUGAACACCCGCGGGAGAGGAAGCAUCACAGCGACUCGGACACCGCAGAGCCCUUAAUGAAGCUGGAGAGGCCGAAGCAGCCGUGACAUCUGACGGGAAACAGCAAAGAGAGAAAACCCAGAGCCAGAAAGAAAGAAAGAAAGAAAGAAAGACACCGCCAGAGCAGAACAACAAAGCGGACCAAAUCUGCCCCUGCACACUCACACAACGUUAACAGUGUUCAGGAUGAGCUCUGGACAAGCUCUGUACUCCAACAUGUUGAGAUGUGCAAUACACACACCCCCCCUCUCCUCUCUCCCUCUCUCUACACAUAAUAAUAAUUGUGAUUUUCAUCAAAGGGUUCUUAAUGCACUCUGGACUGACAUACAAUUGUAAUCUUUGUUUUUGGAUGACAGACAGGGUAUGAGGUCGGCAGAAUAACAGCACCUCCAUCCUCACAGCCUCUCAGGGUGUGAAAUAGCCUGGACAGUUUGAUUUGGUUCCUAAAUUGUGUCCUAAGCGUGUGCCUAGUCAUUUCAUGGUGAAUUUCAGACUUUGGGAUUCAAAUUGAAUGACCAGGAUAUGAUUAGACACACAAAUCAAUAGCUGUUCAAAAUGAAAUAUCUUGCUAAGGCUAUCACUUAAGAAGUGUGACAGGGUAUUUCUGUUGCCUGCAAUAAAGGUAACUUGAUCAGUGGAAGUAGAUGUCAGUAAGGCCUCGCUCUUUAUAUCCACCAUACCUUCUUCAUCUUAGUGAAGAAUGUGUAUUGUUGUUAUUAUGAUUGCCUAAAUAAAAUGUUUUGCACUUCUCUCACUGAAUUGUAAAAUAGUGCCCCCCAGAAUUAUUGGCAUUUGGUACAGAUGAUAGAACAGGUUAACAAAAAUAAGUAACAAGUUAUAUGCAAAACAAUGGUCCAACCAUAUGUUUAAAUAAAUCCCAUUUUUAUUAUUUCAGAGUGCUGGAGUAAUUAGAGUUGGUUCUUUAAAGUUUGAGGAUGCAUUAACUUGAUGGGUGAAGCAGUUAGAAAUAAAGGGAGAAUUGCAUCAGGUGGACUUCAGUGAACUUUGCAUGAAUGCCAAAAACACAAUAAAGUGCCAACAAUUUUGUAAUUAUCUUUUGAAAGAUUUCUUUCCACUCAUGAUGCAAUAUUUCACAUAUUUUAAAGAAAGGGUUAUAGCUGAUUACUUGAUGCAUUUAUUUGACGUUUAGCUUGUCUAUACCGGGAGUGCCAAUAAUUCUGAAUACUGUGGCAAGAUGGAUCAAAUGACACUGGGAUGAUGGAAGAAUAAAUAAAAGUCAUCAAAAAGAA